ACAUGGAUAACCGAGGCACCGGUGGCACACACUGCGCGGGAAACCGCGACUACACCCGCUUCAAGGGGAAAAAGGUGGCCGAGGCACCACCUGGGGUGGUGCUUCAUGAUGCCCAGAUAUAUGACAUGAUGCGGACGAAGCAGAAGCCCAAUCCCGCAUUGCCUCAGCCACGAUACUACGGCAAUGCCAAGGCCGCCAAGGAGGACUACUGCGACAUGGUCAAGUCUCGUCACCCCGAGGUGGAUGACCCCUUGAGCAUUCCGGUCGACGAGGAGUCGUUGGUCCUGUCGGGGCACGGGCGUCCGCAUGGCCGUUUCCCCUUUCUGAAUAAGGCGGUCAAGCCUACCCACUCCACGAGCUACACGCGUCUCAAGCAUACCCUCACCGCCGACAGCCCCCAGCCUCGUCCACGGCCUGCUCGUCCACCCGCCUACGAUCCUGAGUUCGAGGCGGCCUUCGAAGCCUGCAAUGAAGCGUAUCAGCAGGCCGCUGCCCAGUGGAAUAGGCAGAAUACGGCCUACAUGGCGUAUAUAGGAGAAAUGAUGAUCUCUAUGUCUACUGGUACACCGCCACCGGCUCGAGUUACCGUGGCGGGGGACAUGCCUAUCAUGCCAUCGAGGGCAGCUUUCGCUGCGACUUACUACGGAUCCACACCGGAGGGAACGGGAUGGUCCGGGAACCAGGCAUCGCCGGGUGGGCGCGAGGUCACACCGGUUCAUGAAGGUGGUCGGUCUCCUGGGCGUUCUGCUGGUGCCUCUCCGUCGACUACUCCUGGGACUACUCCCGGUGCCUCUCCAUCGACUUCUCCUAGGCGUACCACCGGUCCUUCUCCAGACCCCCACUCGGCAGCAGCACCCGGCGUGCCGCGUGUCCACCGCAUGGGCCAUGCGGACGCCGAGGGCCGGGCCGUCGGCGUAGACGCCGUACGUGGCAGCCUCGCGAUGCGCCACGUCGCCCCACGGCGCCCAGAUCGCGUGGCUAUGCCGAGGGCAAGGCCGUCGGCGUCUGAUGGAGCACCGUUAACGGCGACGGCCGGCCGUGGCCAAACGCCGAGGGCAGCUACGCCGAGGGGAAGUCGCACCGUCGGUAUAGGCGGCAUACGCCGACGGCCGGCCCUACGCCGACGGCACGAUGACAGGUGCCGAGGGACCUGA